UGAAAGUGAAAGUGUGAAACCCCUCCCCUGGUUUAGGUUUCUCAAAUCCGAGGUCUCCUCCUCUCUUGAUAUUCUCUGGUUCAAUCUCUAAUUCUAUGCCAAAAUUCGAUACCUGGUGUUAGACGAAGAUGGCAUUCUGGUGCAGAAUUGGGAAAUCAAAGCUGCAACAAUUUUCGAACCAGUUCAAGAGCUUUCCUCAUGCUUCUCUACUGAACCCCACCCUUUCACAUACCAAAUCAUGUCUCACACCGAACUCCUAUUCGAUCACCAUUCAUAAUACGCCCACUGAGUUUUGCAGUAACGUCAGGUUUUUCGCUGCCCCAGUUCAGUUUCAAGCUAAGCCAAGUAAGGAAGAUAGUAAAGCGAGCGGACCUCGAAUAAACGAGAAAAUUACAGCUCAAGUUAUCAGGCUUGUAAUGGACAAUGAACAUACAGUUGUUUCAAGGGAUGAAGCUCUGGACCGUGCAAGGAAACUCAACCUUGAUUUAGUUGAGGUCCAAGGGACUGCUAAUCCACCUGUCUGUAAAAUAAUGGACUUCCAUAAGGAGAAAUAUGUGAAACAAGUGAGGGUAAAGGACCGCGUUAAAAGCAAGGGCGAGGCAGCUUUAAAAACAGCGAGUGCUAAAGAAGUUAGGUUUUCUGGGAAAAUUGAACAAAAGGACCUUCAGAUGAAAGCAGAUACUGUGAAGAGAUUAAUGGAGUCGGGUUAUCGAGUGAAGUGUCAUGCAAAGGGUUCUGGAGAUCAGGAUGUAUUGGGAAUAUUGUCUCGUCUCUCUGCCUUGAUUGAAGAUGUAACUGUUGUUGAGAGUGGACCAUUAAUGGGGAAAGAUGGUGCAUAUGUUAUAGUCAGGCAUGUUAAAUUCGGUCUACCAAAGAAGGGCACUGCAAAAAAAAUGACGGCUCUAGUGGAUGCAAACUCUGGGGUUCAAAAGGAUAGCUUGACUUCAACACCUGACUCUCCUGGGGUUAUCGAUGAUGUAAAUGCUGUAAAUUCUGACGUAGAUAGCAAUGAAGAGAGCUUUUCAGAUGAAGAUGACCAAGAUAGAUCCUCUAAUUCAGAUUUUCGUGGUUCGGACAAACGACAUUCUUUCCGCGAUUCUAAAAGAUCACCGGAGACAUCUCAUAUCACUGAAAAUAGGUACAAAAAGGGUGUGGCAAAGAAUCAGUUUUCGCCCACGACAGGAAUGGACAAUAAGGGUACAAGAGAGUCAACCAGGUUGGAAUCCCACUUUUCAAAUCAAGGCAGGCAACCACCAAGGGACACAAGGUUCUCACAGCAAACGAGGGAAAGCGAGGAAGCAUCAACCAAUGGUCCUGGAUUUAGAAGCUAUAGGCCUCCACCGAAUGAUGCAACCAAGCGAGAACCAUUUAGUCCUAGACCUGGAUAUGGCAAUUUUGGUGGUUCCAAACCUAACCAUGGUGUGGAAGCCAAAGUUGGCGAGAAUAAGGAGGGGAACCGUUACUCUGUGAGGAGUCCAGCACCAAGAGGCGGCCUUGCUUCGGAUAAGAGCUUACCCAAUUCUAAAUCUGAAGGAAGGCAGCCCCACAUUGACACAAGCAGACAGGGGGGACGGGGGAGGUUCAGUUCAGAGGGCGCCAAUGCAUCCCCAAACAGGAUGCCCAAGUAAAGUCAGAAGGAUUUUGUAUUGUAACCCAUUAUUUAUGCUGAUAUGAUAUAAAGGGUGUUUGUUCAAUGCCCAUCAAUCUGAGAUGUCUUAGGAGAUAGUUUUGUUCUCGUAAGAAAAUUUUGUCAUCUCCUCCAGGGAUGUUAUUUAUUUAUUAAUUAACUUAUUUAGUGGGUUCUGUCAAUUGGGGACCGACAUUACGGUGAUUAAUACAAGUUUUAGUUAAUUUAUAA